AUGAUUGAUCCCUAUAAAUAUCAACAACUCCGAAUUGGAUCAGUUUCUCCCCAACAAAUGAGUGCUUGGGCAAAAAAAAUCCUACCUAAUGGAGAGAUAGUUGGCGAAGUAACAAAACCCUAUACUUUCCAUUAUAAAACCAAUAAGCCUGAAAAAGAUGGAUUAUUUUGUGAAAGAAUUUUUGGGCCUAUCAAAAGCGGGAUUUGUGCUUGUGGAAAUUAUAGAGUAAUUGGAGAUAAAAAAGAUGAUCCAAAAUUUUGUGAACAAUGCGGAGUCGAAUUUGCGGAUUCUCGGAUACGUAGAUACCAAAUGGGUUAUAUAAAACUGGCAUGCCCAGUAACCCAUGUGUGGUAUUUGAAACGUCUUCCUGGUUAUAUCGCGAAUCUUUUAGAUAAACCUCUUAAAGAAUUAGAAGGUCUAGUAUACUGCGAUGUACUUAUUAUUGAUUCUUCGUUGGUAGAAUGGAAGGAAUUAGGAGAAGAGGAAUUUACGUACAAUGAAAAUGAAUGGGAAGAUAAAAAAGUUGGAAGAAGAAAGAGUUUUUUGGUUCGACGCAUGGAAUUGGCUAAACAUUUUAUCCGAACAAAUAUAGAACCAGAAUGGAUGGUUUUAUCUUUCUUACCUGUUCUUCCUCCUGAAUUGAGACCUAUUAUUCAAAUAGAUGGGGGUAAACUAAUGAGUUCGGAUAUUAAUGAACUCUAUCGAAGAGUUAUCUAUCGGAACAAUACUCUUAUCGAUUUAUUAACAGCAAGUAGAUCUACGCCUGGGGAAUUAGUAAUGUGUCAGGAGAAACUGGUACAAGAAGCCGUGGAUACACUUCUAGAUAAUGGAAUCCGCGGACAACCAAUGAGGGAUGGUCAUAAUAAGAUUUACAAAUCGUUUUCAGAUAUAAUUGAGGGCAAAGAGGGAAGAUUUCGCGAGACUCUGCUUGGCAAACGGGUAGAUUAUUCGGGGCGUUCUGUCAUUGUCGUGGGUCCAUCACUUUCAUUACAUCGAUGUGGAUUGCCCUGCGAAAUAGCAAUAGAGCUUUUCCAGACAUUUGUCAUUUGUGGUCUAAUUCGAAAACAAUUAGCCUCAAAUAUAGGGGUUGCGAAGAGUAAAAUUCGAGAAAAAGAACCAAUUGUAUGGGAAAUACUUCAAGAAGUUAUGAAGGGACAUCCCGUGUUGCUGAAUAGAGCACCCACUCUGCAUAGAUUAGGCAUACAGGCUUUCCAACCCAUUUUAGUACAAGGGCGUGCUAUUUGUUUACAUCCAUUAGUUUGUAAGGGAUUCAAUGCAGAUUUUGAUGGAGAUCAAAUGGCUGUUCAUGUGCCUUUAUCUUUUGCGGCUCAAGUAGAAGCUCGUUUACUUAUGUUUUCCCAUACGAACCUCUUGUCUCCAGCUAUUGGGGAUCCCAUUUCCGUACCAACUCAAGAUAUGCUUAUUGGGCUUUAUGUAUUAACUAGCGGGAAUCGUCAAGGUAUUUGUGCGAAUAGGUAUAAUCCGUCCAAUCGCAGAAACCUUAAAAAUGAAAGAAUUCGCGAUAAUAACUAUAAGUAUACGAAAAAAAAGAACCCCUUUUUUAAUUCCUAUGAUGCAAUUGGAGCUUUUCGACAGAAAAGAAUAAAUUUCGACAGUCCUUUGUGGUUCCGAUGGAGACUAGAUCAAAGGGUUCUUUCCUCAAGAGAAGCUCCUAUUGAAGUUCAUUACGAAUCUUUAGGUACCUAUCGUGAAAUUUAUGGACAUUAUCUAGUAAUAAGAAAUAUAAAAACACUGAGAUUGCCGGUUGUUAGGCCAGUGCUGUAA